AUGCAUACAGCCCCUCUACGUGCUGGACUCCGUCCUCUCAUUGGCAAGUCUCUGCCUCGCUUAGCCCAAGCUCAACGAGCCUCCAUAUCAUCAACCACACCGCGACAAGCCAAGAACCAGAUAUAUUCCCCUGUCCGCAAUAAUGACUCCUUCUCAACCUACCUCUCUCUUUCAACCUCUUCCCGCACUCCCCUGCUGACUCUCUGGACCGCCUCCUGGUGCUCGACCUGCAAAGUCGUCAGCCCUCUGAUCCGUGAUCUUGUCGAGUCUGGCGUAGGCGAGGAAGAAGGCGGAGUGUCCCUCGUUACCGUCGAGUUUGAUUCGCCAGAUAUCAUGUCUGGAAACCCUAGCCUGGCCAUGACUUACAUGAUCACCAGCAUUCCCACGCUUCUGAGCUUUGACGCUGGGGAGGCACAGACCAUGACUAAGAUAUCUGAUGCUAGGAAGCUCGCUGAUAGAGAGUUUUUGAAAGAAUGGAUUCGAACUGAGGCCAGAAGGCAUGGAGGACGCGGAGGAGGCGGUAGUUCGUCACUUUUUGGAGGUUUGUUUGGCAAAUAA